AUGAUUCCUGAAAAAGCAAUUGAAGUUUUUGAUGCUGCACUUCGUCAAAAUAAUCGUGAUAUAGCAUUAAUGAAAAAGAUUGGUGAAGCAUACAUAAAAACUCAUGCAUAUACAAAAGCUAUUAAAUAUUAUGAAGCCAUUGUUAAAGCAGAACCACAAAGUGAAUUACGAAUUAAUCUUGCUGAUCUUUUAAGUAAAUUAAAUCAAAAUGAUCAAGCACAACGAAUUCUUGAUCAAUUACUUAAAGAAGAAGUACAAAAUACAAAUUUUCAACAUGUACAACAAAUAACAAAAGCAUAUGAAAUAUUUGCAAAUAUGUUUGAACAAACAAAACAAUUUGAUGAAACGAAAAAAUAUUUAAUUAGAGCUAAAGAAAAUCAAAAGAAAUUACUUAAACGUAUACAACUUGAAGAAGGUGAUAUACAAAAAGAAAAUCAAAAAUUAUAUUGCAACAUUUGUUAUCGUUUGGCGACAAUGUAUUUUGAUGAACAUGAUUAUGAAUCAGCUAUUAAAGAUUUAAAAGAAGCAAGUGCAAUUGAUGAUCGAAAUUUAAAAAUUCAAAUGAUGUUAGCUAAAGCUUAUUUAAAUUCGGAACAAUAUGAAUUAUGUGAACAAAUUUGUACAUAUAUGAGUAAAACAUUUCCAAAUGAUAAUUCAGUACAAAUUAUGAUGGCAAAUUAUUUAUUACGUAAAAAUGAAAUAGAAAAAGCUAUACAACAAUAUAAAGAUAUUAUCGAACGAAAUCCAAAUAAUUUUGAUCCAUUUGUACAAAUGACAAAAUCACUUUAUCGAGCUGGACGUUUGGAUGAAAUAAGUGAUAUUUUAGAAAAAACAGAACAAAAUAAUUUAAGAGCACAUAAUGAUGCUGCUUUUAAUUUUGCGAAANAAAAGUGCUCAACUUAUCAAACUUUUUCAUCUGGCAUAAUAUAG